UGCAUUUUUAUUUUUGUUUUUCAUCUUUUGCAGAUUUGGACCUGAGUGAACUUCCAGAUCAGAAGACAUAGACCUACACCCUUACUACACUGACUUUGAGCCUUACAGAUUUUCUGAUUAUUAGAACUAGUUACUUCCUCCUCAGAGGGUUGGUCUUGGUCAUCCUGAGUGUAAAUUUAGCACCUUAAAAUGUUGACACUUUUUUCAAAAAGCCCCAAACGGCUUGCUGAUGCUUAUAAAGAAAAGAGCACAUUGCUAAAACCCAAGACAGGGCCCCUCCCUGUUUAUGUAGUUCCCCUGAAAGAAGAACAAAUCCAUGUCAAUGGGUGCAAGCGAUUCAGUUUUGGUAAAGAGUCAAAACUUAAACCUAAUCGCACCAUAAUGGUUCUCGGAGCAACUGGGGCCGGGAAGUCAACUCUCAUCAACGGGAUGAUCAAUUACAUUCUAGGUGUCAAAUGGGAGGAUUCCUAUCGGUUUAAGCUUGUUGAUGAGGGUCAGUUGAAAUCCCAAUCUGAAAGUCAGACUUCUGAAGUCACUGUGUACAAACUCAACUAUCAGGAAGGCUUUGAAAUAAAUUGCUCACUGACCAUUGUUGACACUCCAGGCUUUGGAGAUACAAGAGGCAUAGAAAGAGACCAGAUGAUCACAGAACAGCUUCGCAAUCUCUUCUCUGCUGAUUUUGGUGUCAGUGAAAUUGACGCUGUAUGUUUUGUAGCUCAGGCUGCUUUAGCACGACUCACACCAUCACAGAAAUACGUGUUUGAUUCUGUGCUCUCGAUCUUUGGCAAAGAUGUGGCAGAAAACAUCCGAGUUCUGGUGACAUUUGCUGACGGCCAGCAACCACCAGUUCUAGAGGCCAUCAAUGCUUCAGGUGUCCCAUGUCCUAAAACAAGAAACGGGCUGCCGGUUCACUUCAAAUUCAAUAACUCAGCGUUGUUUGCAGACAACAAAUCAUCUGUAGCAGGGAGUAUGAGUGAGGAUGAAGAAGAGGAAGGAGGCUUUGAUCAGAUGUUUUGGAACAUGGGAACAAAAAGCAUGAAAAGGUUCUUUGUUGCUUUAAAUAUCAUAGAAACCAAAAGCUUAAAAAUGACAAAAGAGGUCCUCAGAGAAAGAAAGCAGCUUGAGAAUUCAGUUGAGAAUGUGCAGAAGCAGGUUAAGGUUGGGUUAGCCAAGCUUGAGGAGAUAAAAGAGACAACUGGAAAACUAAAAGAGCACGAGGGAGAGAUCAGCAGAAAUGAGAACUUUGAGUUUUAUGUCAACAUCAAAAAGCCGAUUCAAAUAAAUAUUUCCGGAUCUGGAAAUUACAUCACCAACUGUCAGCAGUGCCAAGUCACCUGUCACUAUCCCUGUGGAAUACCAAAUGAUGCAGAUAAAGCAAGCUGUUGUGCAAUGGGAUCAAAUGGAUACUGUACUGAGUGUCCAAAUAAAUGUCAUUGGAAUGUCCAUUACAAUCAGAAGUACAGAUGGGACUAUCAGGAUGUUAAAGAGAAACGAACAGUGCAGGAGCUGAAAGAAAAGUACCAGAAUGCCACAAAGGCUAAAAUAAGUGUUAAGGAAUUGGUUGAUAAGCUGAAGGAGGACUAUGAUCACGUGCAGGCUAAGGUGGUGGAACUGAUGGAGAAGUCUUCUCGGUGCUUAAACAGACUUAAAGAGAUAGCACUGAAGCCAGAUCCUCUCUCCACCACAGACUACAUUGACAUGCUUAUUGAGGGAGAGAAAGCGGAGGCCAAGCCGGGCUGGAAGCAACGUAUUGAGUCCUUGAUAAACAUGAGAGAUAAAGCAGAGUUAUUGGCUAAAGCAGCCAGAGGAGAGAGACUCCUCAGUCGUCAGGAAUCUCAAAUCUAGGGCAAAAAGCUUAUACUGUAACACGACACUCCAAACUGUGCGCUGUGCUAUCUGUAUACUUUCCAUUUGGGAUCAUGUUGCCUGAGCUCUAAUCAGACAGCUACUGAAAGACAUGCAGGGGUUAUUUUAAUGUUAAUUUUUUGUGUGUUGUAAAAUGUGAUCUUGUUCAGCCAGAAAUUAAGCCAAAUACUCUUCCAAAGUACACUGACAUACUUAUUGAAUGAGUGAAAUCUGAGUUUAGUCACAAGACUAAAAGCAGAACAUGUCUCUUGUUACUAAGCCUGAGAUAAAAAUUACUUUAACUAAGAAAAUCUAAAGCACGAAUUUGUCUAAGAUAAAAUCUGGCGUUUCUUUUGUAAAAACGUAUUCCUGCAAAUGUAUUCAUGCCGUAUCUGCAUGUGCUGUUU